AUGGCUGGGUUACAGAGAUCUUCAACAUCAUUCAGGAGGCAAGGGUCUUCAGGUCUUGUAUGGGACGACAGAUUUCUCUCCGGCGAAUUGAAUAAACUCAAUCAUAAAGAAGACGACCACGAUACCAUCAAAUCAUCUCAAGAACAGAGCGGAGAGCUGAAGAAGAAGUCUUCGAGAGCCGUCGGAUCAAUUGAAAGGAGCAUAUCCAACGGCGGUGGACGCGCUUACCGCACCGGAAAAGUUACUCCCGCAAUAGAACCGCCGUCUCCGAGACUCUCUGCUUGUGGGUUUUGCGGUGCUUUUUCCAAUAACCACAAAACUCGCCGCCGUCCCAAGUCCGGUAGGCGCCCAUCAUAA